AUGAUCCCCGUCCUCCGCCGCUUGACAUUCAAGCUCAAGUCCAUCGCCGGCAUUGUGGAUGAGCUGGAGGCGAUUGGGUCUCCUGCGGAGGCCAAAACUUUCCUGAUUUUGAUGAGGGUCUACUGCAGAGGGGACAUGUUUAUCUUCGCCCGGGAGGUGUUUGAUGAAAUGGGCAGGAGAGGGUUCGUGCCGAACACGCUUGCGAGGAACUUGAUUAUCGAUGGGUUGUUUAAGAGCGGUCAGUUUUGUGAAGGGAUGAGGUUUUUUAGAGAGACUCAGAUGCCGAAUUUCUUUACUUUUAACAUUGUGAUGAGAAAUCUCUGCGAGCGCGGGGAUUGGCGAGGGGUGCGAGGAGUUUUGAGGGAGAUGGUUAGGAGAGGAUUUCAGUUCAACGUUGGAUCAUUUACUUCGAGUUUAGAUUGUUUUAAGAAGGUGGGGAGGAUCAAGGAGGUAUUUCAGUUGGUGGGGUUUAUGCUUGUUUCAGGUCUGCGGCCUACCGUGGAGAUUUGGAGCAUUCUGAUUGCUGUGUUGUGCCAAGCUGGCAACGUUCCUUUGGGUUUUGGUUUGUUUGGGAAAAUGAUUGAUUCGGGAUGUUUGCCGACUAUUGUGACGUAUACGUCGCUUAUUAAAGGGCUCCUAAAAGCUCGAAUGCUGAGCGAAUCGGUUGGUGUUUGGGAUAUUAUGGUCUCUGCAGCUUGUGAACCUGAUUUAGUUUUUUAUAAUGUCUUGAUCGAUUGUUUGUCGAAGGAAGGAAGAUACGAUGAUGCUAUCAGAGUUUUCAGUGAUUUGCAUCAGAGGGGCUUCAGACCGGAUUCCUAUACCCUGUCUUCUGUAUUGCCUAUCUUAUGCCUUAGUGGUGAAGUGAGCUUGCUCCCAGAGUUAAUUUCAGGGCCCGAUUCUUCAAUCGACCUCGUGGCAUACAAUUCUUUACUCGGUGUUCUGUGCAAAAGUGGGUUUCCGUAUAAAUCAUUGGAGCUUUACAAUGAUAUGGUUGCUCGAGGCUUGAAGCCAGAUGGUUAUAGCUAUGCUGCAGUGCUGAGGAGUUUGUGCAGACUAGGAUGCAUUAAUAAUGCUGUUAGAUUUUAUCAUUCGAUUGUUGCGGUCACCCCUGAUAUCGAUUGUUUCGUCCACUCUGCAGUCCUUGAUGGGUUAGUAGCAGAAAAGAAGUAUCAUAUGGCCAUCAAACUGUUUAGAGAAGCUUUGUUUAGAAACUAUAACCUUGAUGUAGUCUCAUAUACCACAGCUAUUCGUGGAUUUUACAAAGCUGGUAGGUUUGAAGAGGCUUGGAGUUCGUUUAAGCAGAUGAAGCUGCUUGGUAUUCUUCCCAAUACCUACACUUACAAUGUCAUGCUCGGUGGCCUUUGUCGAACUAGAGAUGUUUGUCGAGUUAAGCAGUUAUUGAGAGAGAUGGAGGUUGAUGGUAUUGAAAAAGACAACAUUACAGUUAAUACAUUGAUUUGCUUUUGGAUCAAGGUAUACGGUGCUGGUUCUGCUAAUGUGCAACAUUUGUUGCAUAAUUUGGGGGAUAAUAGCCUUUCGGAGAGUUCUGGAUCUGAUACUGCCGAGAUUCUUCUAUGCGUAGGAAGUUAG